AUGGCUUACACGCAGAAAGGUGCACCUACCAAUGGAUCUGUUUAUGUGUGUAACUUGCCGGAGGGAACUGAUGAGGAUAUGCUGGCAGAGCAUUUUGGCACCAUUGGGUUGCUAAAGAAAGACAAGCGAACUGGUCGUCCCAAGAUAUGGUUGUAUCGUGACAAAACAACCAAUGAGCCGAAGGGGGAUGCUACAGUUACUUAUGAGGAUCCACAUGCAGCUCUAGCAGCUGUUGAGUGGUUCAACAACAAGGAGUUUCAUGGUAGCAUAAUUGGAGUCCUUCUGGCAGAGUCUAAGAGCAAAGAUGAACAACCAUAUAAUGUUGGGAAUGAUUCCAUUAUGCCUGGUGAUUUUGGCGGGUUGGACGAAGACGCUAAGGAUAUGAAUGGCGUUGGUGGAAGAGGUAGAGGUGGGGGUGAUGCUUCUGCAAAAGCAUGGCAACAAGAUGGGGACUGGUUGUGUCCCAAUACAAGUAGCUGCUCAAAUGUAAAUUUUGCAUUCCGUGGGGUCUGCAAUCGUUGUGGGACUCCUCGACCUUCUGGUGCAUCUGGUGGUGGCGGAGGUGCAGGAGGCCGUGGUAGGGGUCGCGGUGGUCCAGAUUCUGGGCCUGGGGCACCUGGACGGGGAUCUGGUGCCACUUCAAAGCUCUUUGGCCCAAAUGAUUGGUCUUGUCCGAUGUGUGCCAAUAUCAAUUGGGCCAAGCGUACUAAGUGCAACAUAUGCAACACCAACAAACCUGGGCACAAUGAGGGCGGUGUUAGAGGUGGGCGUGCAGGUGGUUAUAAAGAACUCGAUGAAGAGGAAAUAGAGGAAACGAGGCGUCGCCGCAAGGAAGCUGAAGAUGAUGAUGGUGAAAUGUAUGAUGAGUUUGGCAACUUGAAGAAGAAGUUCAGGGUCAAAACUCAACAAGCUGAAGUGGGCAAAGUACUACCAGGAGCUGGGCGUGCUGGGUGGGAGGUCGAGGAACUAGGGGAGAAAGAUGGUAGGGAAAGGAGCCGAGAAAGAGGGAGGGAUCGGAACAGCAGCAGGAACAGAGAACGUGACGAUAGUGACAGGCGCCGCAGCCGAAGCAGAGAGCGGGAUAAUAGGGGAAGAGAACGAGAUUAUGAUUAUGAUCAAGAUAGAGAAUACGGCCGCGACAGGGACCGUGAUCGCGACCGGAAUAGGUACCGAUACUGA